AUGGACAGUGAAGCCCAAGUUUUGCAAGCUCAAACGCUGAGGGAUGCAUUCCUUCGCUACGCCCGGGUGGGCACAGUGAUAGGCAACCAUGAAGAGAAGGAAGUCUACAUUUGUGUUGAAUUGCUGAAGCGGCACUUGCGCCAGAAGUGCGACACUCUGGUGACAGAGUGUGCGCACCAACCGCUGCUAUUUUGCUAUGCAGCUGAUGCAACCUCGCUUCUGUGUCGUGCCGAUGCCAGUGCAAAACUGGGGGCAGCUGUUGUGAUGCGGAGAGGCAAGGUUUUGGCAGAAUUUCUCAUGCAGCGAGGGUUCUUCAAAAGCAUUUCUCCUGCUGGUGUGGAACGGGUGGCGGUCCUGUUUGCGGAAGCUGUUCCUCUCACCAACGGCAAGAGCGCAUGGCAUCUUUUCUCUGCAGCUUGUGCGUUUUAUCCGCUGCUUCGAAAGGUCGGUCACCAAGGCAUAAGCAUUACCCAUGUGGCGGCAGACCGAGCAGUGAUGGAGCCACUUCAGAGACUGUUGCACCAACGCUCGGAGGCGUAUUUCACGCAAGGCUUGGGACCAGCGGCUGCUGACUCCUCGUCUUGGCUUCGUACAUGGCACCUUCGCACAGGUUGCGCUGCUCAUGACAUGCAAAAUGCCUUGAAGUGGAGUCUGGCAGCACAUGGAAGCGCUGACAUCAUCAAGGACCUGCAUAUUGUCUUGGAGUCUUUGCGAAACUCUUUCACACUGCUGCACGCUCAGCUGCCACAUUUCCUGCACAGCCAUUUAGUGGCCGAUUUGCCUCCAGAGGACAUGGAGUCGGCCAUGGAAUUCUGGCAGCUGCUCGGGGUUGAAGCCGACCACUUGGAGGAGAUCGCUCAUGUGAACCCUUGGUUUUUCAACGGCGCUUUGCACGUGAGCUCCUCCCUCGCCGAUGAGGACGACAGGCUGGCACGCGUAUCAGGAGCCAUCCUCUACCUCUUCCGCUGGCGACGCUUCGUUGACACACGCUUCUGCACCGUUGGAGCAGCCAUGCGGUCACUACUUGCUUCCUUGGCAGUAGGCUGUCAUGAACUUGUCAACAGGGCCAGGCAAGACAAGGACACGACAGACUAUCAUCUGCACGGUUUUGCGCGGCUGCAGCAGGCGCACCUGGAGUAUGUAGUGCUGGCCACUGUCGGCGCCUGGGUGCCAGAGGGCGCGCUCUUUUUGGUUCUGGAGGAUGAUCGCCUCGUGCGGCGCUAUGACGAGCUCAACGAGACCUUGAUGGACGAACUGACCUAUGUAGCUUCCUUGUCCUCCUUCACGUGGUCGCGCUUGAGUGCUUUGCUGAAAGAUUCCAUGCGGCCCCAGCUGCUCAGGAGCACUGCUCUGCAUGCAGCGCAAGUUGCAUGCGCCUACAUUCGCGAGAAGGACGUGCUUCGAGUCUUGCAAGCUCUGCCGUGGAGACUUGCUGUUGGAGACAUCGAUGAGAACCUGGCAGCUCUCUUAGAGGAGAAAGAUGUGCAUGACUUGACAGCGCACAAAAUUCUUCAGCUGCUGCGUUUGGGGUGGAACCGACAGCAAAUCAAGGAUGCCAUCAUGCUCUUCCGAGACGUGCAUUGGUCCACUCUUGGGGUUGAGCAAGCGCAUGGCUCCGCAGCUGUGAUGCAUAGACAUCACACCUUCUCGACGGACAUGCUUGCGGCAAGAAGUUUUUUGCACCAGUGCAGGCAUCUAGUUGCCAACACUCCCGUUUGCAAGGACGUGGCCCGAAAGGGCUUGCAAGUGCAGAAGCUUGAGCAAAAGGCGUGUGGUCAAACGUCUGGCAGACACCUGUUCCUGCAAUGGCUCAUGCAAGAGGUGAAGCAAGGCCUGGCUGAGGGCACUCGCAUGUCUCCACAUCUUCGCAAGGAGGUGAUGCGGCAUCAUGCAGGUGUCUAUGCUGCCUUGUCUCCGCAAGAGCAAGCGUUCUUUCAGCAACGCUCACAAGCCGAGAAUGAAAGGAAGCGCCGCUCUCGCGAGGAAGACCUGCAGCAUCUUAGAGAUGCGCUCAGCAUGGCUCGAGCCCGAGCUACGCAAGAGCUGGAGCAUGCUGGUCUCAUGCAUGCAGCUGCCAACUUGCGCUUUGUAGACUCCGACUGGCAGGCUCUUGCUACUUUGGCUGCUGACGAGGGCUUCACAUGGCCUUGGGUGCGGGAGCUUCGACAGCGCGCCAUGGCUGCUCCGCGCGCCCCUCCUUCCGAAGUGCAGGGCUCUCUUGCAGCGGUUCCUGUCGUGGCCCAGCCAGGGCAGCUGCCCGAACGGCCUGAGUGGUUGUCAGUGCUUUGUUGGAAUCGGGAGCAGUUCCGAGGAACAGUCCUUUUAACAUCUACAGACACAGAUAGCAAGGCUUUCUACUUCCUCUACGCAACACAGAGCCCACUCAAGGCAUUUUUCUUGGUUUUGCUUGUGUCUGCAAAAGAGCUGCCUAGCCUUGCAAACCUUUCGAUGGAGAGUGCGUGGGCAGCUUGGAAUGACUCUAGCGAUAUCGCCUUCACAAUGAAUCUGGCGGUGUCUGUCACGCAUGAAGAACUCGCAGGGACAAAAAGCAAGGACUUGCUGGUUCUGGAGCAUGUGAGUUUGCAGUCCGCCACCACUGCCCAAGGCUACGGUCUCCCUGUGCCUUUCGACGACUUCCUGCCGCUCGCAAGUCGCCGCACAGGGAGUGCGCGGUCUGCCUCUGCAGGCCCCAGGGCUCCAAAGCAUGUGGCCUCAUCCUUACUGGAGGAGCAUGCGUGGGCCGCACAGUACCUCAACAAAGCCCAGACGACACAGCCUUCGACAAUAGAUGUCACCGAGGCAUGCCCAGAAGAGCCUGCCGAAGAAGCUGUUGCUUUUGAAGAUGCUUGGUCCUCUCUCGAGGAGGCUCGGGCACGUUGGCGUCAAGAGCCACCGCUUCUGCAAGCUCAGCAUUUUGUUACUUGCUUCCAAUCUGGUGAUUGGACUGCGGCCAAUCGCUUCGUGAACCAGAGUGACAGGGUCAUCGCACAAGCCACGGCUGGCCCUCCCAGGACUUGGUGCAAGAGGUAUGGCCUGAACACUAUGGCGUCGUUUUCAUUUUCACGCUACACGGAGACAGGAUGCCACGCCCUGGCGCUUGAGUGGUGCCGCCGCUUGCAGUUCUUUUUCGACAUUUGGAGACAUCAAGACGAUCCCACAUAUGUUUACUCCGACUCUGAUCUCCAAUCAUACUCAGAGACAGAAGAAUGGCAGACUUUUCUGGCAUCGACACGUGCCAACCCAGAUACCAACAGAAGGGGCGAGGCCAUUCGAUGUAUCCUUCCUACAAAUCCUAGCUCAUAG